AACACACUAAAUUUGUGCAUUUACAUUUAGUCACAAAAUUUCUAUUGCUUUGCUCUUUUAUGGCCAGGUCCUAGAAAGUGUCGUCAUACUUCUGAAGAGAAUUCACAAGUCUACAAAAGAAGAAAGGCUUGUUGUGAGAAUAUUGCUCCCACACUGCGGCAUGGCAUGGGUAAAGGUUUGAUGACUUAUAUGGGUGCUUCAGCAAAGAAAAAUGGCAGGGGCAAAGGUAUGAUAACUCAAAAGGGUGCUGCAGUGAAGAAACAUGGCAUUGGCAAAGGUUUGAUGACUGUUUGGCAGAUGACAAAUCCUGAUGCUAGAAAUCUUUCUCCUGAUGGUAUUUCAAGUGAGAGCCUUGUCCAACAGAAGACAAAAAAAGGGCAAACUGUUUUGAGAAAAUUGACUAACAAAGAACAGGCUAAGAGGAAGCGUCCUCCAAGAAGUAGAAAGGUGGAGUACCAGAAAUUUGAAAAGAGAAAUCGUAAAGAAAAAUGCGAACUUGCUCUGGACCAAGGAGAGAUGUGUGGAAAAUACAGAACACUUUGCAAUGCUAGUAGAUGAUGAGGAACUGGAGCUAAGAGAGUUACAAGCGGGACCAAAUCCGUUAACUUGCUCUGCACACUUUGCAACCAAUGCAUCGCGUGGUUGUUCGCUUUGUAAAGAUUUGCUAGCCAAGUUCCCUCCAAGUACUGUCACAAUGAGACAACCCUUAUGUGCAACCAUGGAAUUCCUCUCCAGAGCUUGUCAAGAAACUCUUCAAGUUAUACCAAUAUGCUAUUCCAUUCUGGUCAUGGAAGUGCUUAAAGUGACGGGUCUUUACAUAUUACAGCUGACUAUUGAUGGCAGAUUAAUGGUCUUCCAUUUUCUUUGUACUUAUGCUAUAAAAAUUGAUGUAUGUGCUUUCACCUUAGAUGAGUUUGCACAAGCCUUUCAUGAUAAGGACUCCUUGUUGCUUGGCCAAGUACACGUGUCCCUUCUCAAGCUUCUUGUAUCUGAUAUUGACCAGGACCUAAGUAGAGGAUUUUUGCCUCUUGCCAGCAAAAAUCGCAAGUUCUUGGCGUUACUUCACUCGAUUGAAGGUCAAGACUUUGUACUAGACUUCUGGCAAAAGUCACUGAACCUCCUGACAUGGACAGAAAUUACGUCAGGUGUUUGUUGCUGCUGGUUUUGGUUCUAAGCUUGGAACUGUGCCUAAAGGAGCUCUCAACAAGGAAGUCAAUCUUAUGGCAAAGUAUGGAUUAGUUUCUGGUACACUGAAGGGUGAACUGUUCAGUAUUUUGCUGACACAAGGAAUUAGUGGAAUGAAAGUCUCUGAGUUGGCAAAAUCUUCACCUAUUGUUGAGUUGCAUCUUGUGGAUACAACCCAUGACUUAGAGAAUUUAAUAAGCUCGGCACUGUCAAGUGAAGUUGCAUUAUUUGAAAAGAUUUCUUCUUCUGGAUAUCGUCUACGAAUCAAUGCAACCACUAAAGAAGAAGAAGUCAGUCCUUCUGAUUGUGAAGACUUUGGGAGCGUUGAUGAGAUUUCUGAAGUCAGUGGUCGAUGCAAUGAUUCCAAGUGUGAGUCCAUGGAUUCCAGUCCUGCUAGACUUAAA